AUGGCCGAGCCCGCGUUACAAUCACUACGCACCAUAAGCGAACAGGUCGGAAGCACCAUCCGUCCGUACGUCAUUCCCUUCGCCGUCAUCCUCGCUAUAAUCAUCCCCAUCAAUCUGGCAUUCCAGUCGAACCCCAGUCUGCUCUCCAGCGGCUGGAGCAGCGGCGGAGGCUCGGCAGCGUCGCUUCCGUACCAGCCUCCUAGCCUCGGAUGGGCCGCAUUUCUGUUUCCAAGCAUGAGCGGCAUUGACGCGGCCAUUUGCCGUGCAGAGGAGAAUUACUGGGAGAACCUUGUGCUGAGAAGGAAGGCGUGCAAGGGAACGCUGUACCCGCCACCAGCAUCGAUGACAGAUGUCGUCAUGAAAACUCUCGUGCUCAUCCCCACGUACCCGUGCCCGGCGAACGAGCGCAUUGGGGAGUGGGGGGACGGUGGGAAGUGGACUUGCCUGCUGCCAGGCGCUAUUCAGAAGAAUCCCAUUGUGUACAGCAUUGGCAGCUUCGGGCAGUACUCGUUUGAAGACUCAAUCUACAAGAUUCUGCACGUGCAGCCGCACACGUUCGACCCGUUCCUCGUUCCCGCCACCGCUGCCCGCAUGCAAAACGUCUCUUGCCUCCACUUCAACCCCAUCGGCCUCUCGGCUGCCUCCGAGCUCCAAAACUACACCGCCAAGUUCCCUACCAUGCAGUUCAUGACUCUGGGAGGGAUCAUGCAGCUGUUGAAUCAUACAUAUGUUGACGUUUUCAAGAUUGACUGCGAGGGGUGCGAGGAGGCUCUGAUUCCUGAGAUUGGGGAGGCGAAUGGGAAUGCGGCUUCGCAGCUGAGUUUGCACGGGGGGACGCUGCCUUUUGGGCAGAUCUUGAAGAACAUUGCUCGCCGGAAGGAGGCGUUGAACGGCGUGCUACAGCCCAAGAUGUGGAACCCCGUGCGCAUGAAGGAGCUGGUGCUCAUCCCCACAUACCCGUGCGCCAUCAACGAACGCAUCGGCAAAUGGGGGGACGGCGGAAAGGUGACGUGCCUUGUGCCCAACGCCAUCCAUAGACUAAUGACACCUCGUGAACAGUGGACGUGCCUUCUGCCCAACGCCAUCCAAAAGACUAACCCCGUCGUGUACAGACCCUCGCCAGAUCCUCUCACUCUUCUCUCCCCCCCUUCUUCCUACAGCAUUGGGAGCUUUGGCAUGUACUCGUUUGAGGAAUCCAUGCACAACAUACUAGGCGUGAAGCCCUACACCUUCGACCCCUUUCUUAAUCCGACCAACUUGGAAAUUAUGAAAAACCUCACAUGCCUUCACUUCAACGAAAUCGGCAUGUCUGGGGCGGCAUCUCUCGCCGGCUACAAGAAAAACUCCCCAGACAAAAAGUUUUUGACGCUGCCCGAAAUGAUGAAGGAGAUGGGGCACACUUAUGUGGACGUGUUCAAGAUUGACUGCGAGGGGUGCGAGGUGGAAAUGAUUAAGGACUUGGGAGCCGCGUAUAUGAACACGGGGAAUAAGCUCGCGCUGCACGGAGGGAAUCUGCCGUUCGGACAGAUCCUCAUCGAGUUGCACAACAUGAACAGUGCCCCUAUAUCUCUCGAGACCUUCUACACUCUCGAGAAGCUGGGCUAUCGCAUGUUCAGCAUCGAGUACAACCCCUACUGCCCCAUGUGUGUCGAAAUGAGUCUCAUUCACGAGAGCCUUGAGAACAUUGAGCGCAGGCGCAAGGAGUUCAAAGGCGCGCUAUUGCCGAUGCUGGGCAACCCCCGGUUUGAGAACGUUGAGCGCCGGCGCAAGGAGUUCAACGGCGACCUACAGCCGAUGCUGGGCAACCCCGUGCGAAUGAAGGAGCUGAUCCUCGUGCCCACGUACACGUGUCCCCUCAACGAGCGCAUCGGGAAAUGGGGCGAUGGCGGGAAGUGGGCGUGCAUGAUGCCGUCUGUCAUCCAGAAGAAAGAUCCGGUCGUGUACAGCAUUGGCAGCUUUGGAAUGUUCUCGUUCGAGAAGGAGAUGCACCAAAUGCUGCGCACCAUGCCCUACACAUUCGACCCCUUCCUCCCCCCUGAAAAGCGCAACAUCAUGGCCGCCCUCCCCUUCCUCCACUUCAUCGAAAUCGGCCUCUCCGGAACCGCCUCCCUCCCCGUCUACCGCACAAGAUUCCCCGAGAAAAAGUUUGCGACGCUGCCCGAGAUGAUGGGGCAGUUCGGGCACAGCUACGUGGACGUGUUCAAGAUUGACUGCGAGGGGUGUGAGGUUGAGUGGAUCAAGGACCUUGGCAAGCUGUAUAACAACACUGGGAAGAGGCUGGCUGUGCAUGGGGGGAAGCUUCCUUUCGGGCAGAUCCUCAUCGAAUUCCACAACAUGGACAAGAGCGUCAAGACUCUCACAAUGGUCUACACGCUCGAGAAUCUCGGCUAUCGCAUCAAGGUGGCUGCUGAGGAGAUUGAAAAGGAGAAGAAGGGAGAGGACAAUGAAGAAGAGGAAGAGAAGGAGGAGACGGCAAGUGAGAAGGUUGUUGGAAACAGGAAGGUGAAGGUUGGAGGGAAGGGCAAGGAGGACGGGAGCAGCAAGGGGACUAGCAAGGUGACCAGCAAGGGGAGCGUGAAGGAAAGAAGUACCAAGGUGGGGAAGAAGAUCAGCAAGGAGAAGAGCAGCAAAACGAGCAAGAAGGAAACCAAGGAGGAGGAGGAAGAGGAGUGA